AUGGCUGCACCAUACGGGUACGCAUCUCCGUUUGGAAUUCGCAAUUCGAUCAACGAAGAACCAAAAAGUUCUUUGUCGAUGCCAGUCUCAUUUGGGGAGGUCAGCUAUGAUACGAAUUCGACGGAUCCGCUCAUGAAGAGAUCUCGGAUCUUUAUUGGAAACCUUCAACCAGGCAAUAAUACACGUGACGAAGUUAUUGAGUUAUGUCGCAACUAUGGAAAUGUUAUUGCCGCUACAUUGUUUAAGGGAUUUGCUUUCGUUCAAUAUAGCCGCUGUCAAGAUGCCGACGAAGCCGUUGUCAAGCUUCACAAUCAAAUGCUGAAGGGGACUAGAAUCGAUGUUCGUCUCGCCAUCAAUCCGAAAGGGCUCGAAAAGGCGAGUGACCAGAUCGUCAAAAAACGUAAAGCUGAUGAGCUUGCCUAUACUGAAGAAAUCAAUCAAGUGAAUGAUAGGAAUCGACGAAUCGCCACUGUAGAUCUCACUAAGAACACGGAUUUUGCUGACACGGGUAUGGCUGACACACUCAUUUGCGGUGGAUGUCGCUUUGUUACGUGCGAUUUCGAAGUAUGGAGGCAGCACCGACUUGUUGCUUGCGCUAAGCCUAAGGACUCACACGAACCCGAAGUCCUCAAGUGCGCCUCGUGUGAGCAACGCUUUCAGACUGCUUGGGGUCUUGUUACUCAUCUCACAGAUUUUCAUCGAAUGAUGCUUUUCAAACCCGAAACAUUGGCUCCGAACCAGCCUCAAUUAGUCGGCGAUGCUCAAUCUCUGGCUAGCGUUUCACAACAAUCAGUCGUCUCAAGUGAACCACAAGAGAAUGGACAAGAGGCCCAGCAAGAAGUGUUGGCAAAUCCU